AUGUAUGAAUUUAGUGAAAAUUCCGGGAUUUUCGUCACCCACAUUUAUAGGGGGUUUCCAGGGUCCUGCUGCAACUUCCUGCAACUUCCGCCCCCCUUCGCGAUUCUACAUACCGAUUCGAAAACAGCUGGACUCGUCAGGAUGAAAGUCGCUGUCGUUGGUGGUGGGAUCAGUGGGCUGACAGCUGUCUGGCUUUUGAAUGAAUAUUCUGAUCAUGAGGUCGAACUGUUCGAGGCAAACGAGUACGUCGGAGGACACACCAACACGGUCACCUUCAAGGGCACUCCAGUCGAUACCGGAUUUAUCGUCUUCAACAAGCUCACCUAUCCCAACUUUGUCCGGUUUUUGGAGAUCCUCAAUGUGGAUUAUAUCGCCUCCAACAUGUCCUUUUCGGUCAAACGAACCUUCGCUCCCGCCUACGAAUGGUCGGGUAAUGGGAUCAGUAGCCUCUUCAAUGGAAUCUCUAGUUGGACCGAUCGUAUUUCACAACUUCGUCUCAUUUGGGAUCUCGUAAGGUUUAAUUCUCUAGCAGUCGAUGUGCUAGCUGGGCCGGAGGGAGACCUCACCAUCCAAGAGUAUCUCUCUAAGCACGGAUACUCAGAUUGCUUUAAAAGGAACUACUUGUUGCCAAUCAUCUCUUCCAUCUGGUCAACCCCCGCCAACAAAAGUGCGAUGCAUUUUCCGACGAAAACUUUGAUCAGAUUUAUGGCAAAUCACCAUCUCCUUCAAGUAUUCAACCAGCCCCAAUGGCUGACCAUCAAAAACGGAUCAAAGACCUACGUGGAGAAGAUCCUGUCGAAGUUAGAUCCAAGAAAAUGCUUCAGAUCAACUCCCAUUGAGUCGGUUUCGAUUGACCGAUCCUCAAAAAAGGUGUACUUGAAGGCUUCGAAUUCUGAGACUCUUUAUGGGCCAUACGAUCAAGUGAUCUUUGCCUCGCACGCCGACCAAACCGUGAAGAUUUUGAAGAACAGUGAUUGUUCCGAUCUCUUUUCAAGCCAGAUCGAGAUCUUGUCUCGAUUCCAAUUCAAUCAAAAUGAAGCCGUAUUGCACAACGACCUCAGCAUGAUGCCCCGUAACAGGAGUAUUUGGACUUCUUGGAACUACCUCAUCACCGACCCCUCGCAAAAUCUCGAUCACCCUCCUCCACAUCCUACCAAACUUGCUACUCAAGAGAAAGCUAUCAAUGAAUCUGCUGUCGAAAAGACUGUGUGCUUGACAUAUUGGAUGAACUUGCUCCAGUCUAUCCCAGAGAAAACCUGUGGUCCAGUCCUCGUGACACUCAAUCCACCGGAAGAAAUCCAUCCCAAGUGGGUAUUUGGACGAUGGAAAUAUGACCAUCCUCUGUACACCAGUCAAAGUGUGAAAGCGCAGGAAGAGAUCGCGACGAUUCAGACCAAGAACGGCCUGAGUUUUGUAGGCGCAUGGACGAACUAUGGCUUCCACGAAGAUGGACUAACGUCGACGCUGCGCUUAUUGCUAGUCCAACAUCCCUCAAUGUUUGCUGUGCGCUCGCCGUUCGAGAGAGUCUCGGUUACCGAGGAGUCUAUCCGGCCCGUCGGACUGGGGACACGCUCUCUCCUCGGAUUGAUCCAGGCCUCGAUCCAGAUUUUCUGCCGUCUAGUCUGGCUCACUCGAACCAUCGUCUACCUCCUUUUCCCUCGAACGCCAGUCAAACCGAAGCUUGCUUGA